AACACGGGAAGAGGAGGAGGAGGAGGAGGAAGAGAGAGAAAGACAGAACUAAAAACCCUUGAAGGAUGGCUCUCCAAAAUUGCUGUCGGAAGCACGGGGAAUCCCUGGUAGCGCGGGAGCGGAGCUACUUUCUGGAUUUAUCCUGAACAAGACGAGGAAUUACUGAAUUAACACCCAGGCAAUGGGUGUCCUGUGUUAGAUGUGUCCAGAAGUCCUUCAUAGAUGGCUUUGAUCUGGAGAGUUUGUGCUGACUCUUUCUGGUCUGAGUAGGAACCCUCUCCCUGCCCCACUCAUCUGCACCAGGUCCUGCAGCAUCUCCACGUGUGCACAGUGAGGUAGGAUAACCUUGCCAAAGAGGAAAGGAAUUUGGACAGACUUAACAUGCAGCCUGUACAGCUUCCAUGAGCUGGACACUAAAAUGAAGAGAGAGUUUAUUCAUUCCCAUCUCAACACAGCCCACCAGAAUUAAAAGACAUUUGAACCUACAAGGGAGAUUGGGUCAAACACUUCCCAAGCUGCCUACACAGAGAAGGCUGUUCAAAUCCUCUGGCUACCAAGUCUCCACGUUUCUGUGUUGGAUGUGAAGAGCAGAGGGAGCCUGGCAGGAAUCAGGAGACAUCCAAGUCAAUACAUAGGGCCGAGAACUGGUACAGAGAACAGACAUUAGGGGAGGAAAAAAUCUACCCCAAAACCUCAGUUAUUUCAACACAUACCAAAAGUGGAUUGACAGUGGAUGAAGAGGAGGAGGAGGCAAUAGUGAACACACAACACAGUUCAAGCUGGCAAGGAGCCCUUUCUUGAAGAAUGUCGGAGCCGUAGCGGGUGCCAUGAGCGCUCCGUGCCGGCCCUGCCAUGGAAGGCUGUGACUCGCCCGUCAUCCCCGGCAAGGACAAUGGCUGCGGCAUCCCCCAGCACCAGCAAUGGACUGAUCUCAGCAGCGCGCACCUCCCCGAGGGCCCGCCGCCGCCGCCGCGCGGGGACAGCGGCACCGACAGCAGCGAGGACGGCGACGACGAGAGCGACGUGGAGAACCUGGCCGGCGAGAUCGUCUACCAGCCCGACGGCUCGGCCUACAUCGUGGAGAGCCUCAGCCAGCUGGCGCAGGGCGGGGGCGCCGGCGGCAGCGGGGCGCUCCCCUCGCUGCUCCCCAACUCCCUGCCCAAGCAGGGAGAGCCCUCCGCCGCCGCCCCCGUCUACCCGCAGAUCAUCAACACUUUCCACAUAGCCUCAUCCUUCGGGAAGUGGUUUGAGGGCUCAGACCAGGCCUUCCCGAAUACCUCAGCCCUGGCGGGCAUCAGCCCCGUCCUGCACAGCUUCCGCGUCUUCGAUGUGCGACACAAAAGCAACAAGGAUUACCUGAACAGCGACGGUUCUGCCAAAAGCUCCUGCGUAUCCAAAGAUGUUCCCAACAAUGUGGACCUGUCCAAAUUCGAUGGCUUUGUGCUCUAUGGGAAGAGGAAGCCCAUCCUGAUGUGUUUCUUGUGCAAGCUCUCCUUUGGGUAUGUCCGCUCGUUCGUGACCCAUGCCGUGCACGACCACCGAAUGACUCUGAGUGAGGAGGAGCGGAAAAUUCUUAGCAAUAAGAACAUCUCCGCUAUCAUCCAAGGGAUAGGCAAAGACAAGGAACCCCUUGUCAGCUUUCUGGAACCAAAAAACAAAACCUUUCAGCACCCUCUCGUUUCCGCAGCUAACCUCAUAGGCCCUGGACACAGUUUUUAUGGUAAAUUCAGUGGCAUUUGCAUGGAAGGCGAGCAGGCCCUCCAGGCCGGGGCGGCCGGUGGAGCCGAGCCGCCGCCGGCAGCGGGUGUCCUGGCCCCCAGUGCACUCCUCAACCUGGGUGGGCUGACCAGCUCAGCUCUGAAGACUCCCAUUACCUCAGUCCCCCUGGGCCCGCUGGCUUCCAGUCCCACCAAAUCCUCGGAGGGGAAGGACCCUGGGGUGGCAGGGGGGGAGAAACAAGAGGGGGACGACCAGGACAGCCUCUCGGAAAAGGUGGAGCCGGCCGAGGAGGUGGAAGAGGAGGAGGAGGAGGAUGUGGAAGAGGAGGAGGAGGAAGAGGAGGAGGAGGAAGAGGAAGAAGAUGAGGAUGAUGAGGGUUGCAAAGGACUAUUUCCAAACGAGUUGGAGGAUGAACUGGAGGACCGGCCCCAGGAGGACGUUGGGGCUGUGGCAGGCAGUGGCAGCAGCAAAAAGGACCUUGCUCUCUCAAACCAAAGCAUUUCUAACUCUCCCUUAAUGCCUAACGUGCUCCAGACCCUGUCACGGGGCACGGCUUCUACUAGUUCUAAUUCUGCUUCUUCCUUUGUCUUUGAUGGUGCAAACAGGAGGAAUCACUUAAGCUUUAACAAUGAGGGCGGCGGAGCCAGUGUGGCCGAGGGCAGCAGGAGGCUGGACUUCAUCGAUGAAAGUGCCAAUAAAGACAAUGCCACAGCACCAGAACCAAAUGAGAGUGCAGAGGGCGAGGACGGGAGCUACAUCUCCCAUCACCAGCACGCUGGCCCCCUCUGCGAGCUCGGGGGAGGCGAGUGCCCCUCGGGCAGCGGCGUGGAGUGCCCCAAGUGCGACACGGUGCUGGGCUCCUCGCGGUCGCUGGGCGGCCACAUGACCAUGAUGCAUUCUCGCAACUCGUGCAAGACACUCAAGUGUCCCAAGUGCAAUUGGCACUACAAGUACCAGCAGACGCUUGAGGCACACAUGAAGGAGAAACACCCCGAGCCGGGCGGCUCCUGCGUCUACUGCAAGAGCGGGCAGCCGCACCCGCGGCUGGCGCGCGGCGAGAGCUACACCUGUGGUUACAAACCCUUCCGCUGCGAGGUCUGUAACUACUCCACAACUACCAAAGGCAACCUCAGUAUUCAUAUGCAGUCCGACAAGCAUCUCAACAACAUGCAGAACCUGCAGAACGGAGGGGGAGAGCAAGUCUUCAGCCACACGGCGGGGGCGGCGGCGGCGGCUGCGGCUGCGGGGGGGGGGGCCGCCAACAUCGGCAGCACCUGCGGAGCUCCCUCCCCCACCAAACCAAAAACCAAACCCACGUGGCGCUGCGAGGUGUGCGACUACGAGACCAACGUAGCCAGAAACCUUCGGAUUCACAUGACCAGUGAGAAGCACAUGCACAAUAUGAUGCUGCUCCAGCAGAACAUGUCCCAGAUCCAACACAACCGGCACCUGGGCCUCGGCAGCCUGCCGUCCCCCGCCGAGGCCGAGCUCUACCAGUACUAUCUGGCGCAGAACAUGAACCUGCCCAACCUGAAGAUGGACAGCACUUCCUCGGAUGCACAGUUCAUGAUGGGGGGGUUCCAGCUCGAUCCCACCAACCCCAUGGCGACCAUGGCUCCGUCUCUAGUGGGUGGCGAGCUCCCGCUGGACAUGCGCCUGGGCGGCGGGCAGCUGGUGUCCGAGGAGCUCAUGAACCUGGGGGAAAGCUUCACGCAGACCAACGACCCGUCCCUGAAGCUCUUCCAGUGCGCCGUGUGCAACAAGUUCACGACAGAUAACUUGGACAUGCUGGGGCUGCACAUGAACGUGGAGCGCAGCCUGCCCGAGGACGAGUGGAAGGCGGUGAUGGGCGACUCGUACCAGUGCAAGCUGUGCCGCUACAACACGCAGCUCAAGGCCAACUUCCAGCUGCACUGCAAGACGGACAAGCACGUGCAGAAAUACCAGCUGGUGGCACACAUCAAGGAGGGGGGCAAAGCCAACGAGUGGAGGCUCAAGUGCGUGGCCAUUGGGAACCCGGUGCAUCUGAAAUGCAACGCGUGCGACUACUACACCAACAGCCUGGAGAAGCUGCGUCUGCACACCGUGAACUCGAGGCACGAGGCCAGCCUCAAGCUCUACAAGCACCUGCAGCACCACGAGAGCGGGCUGGAAGGGGAGAGCUGCUACUACCACUGCGUGCUGUGCACCUACUCCACCAAGGCCAAGCUGAACCUGCUGCAGCACGUGCGCUCCAUGAAGCACCAGCGCAGCGAGAGCCUGCGCAAGCUGCAGCGCCUGCAGAAGGGGCUCCCCGAGGAGGAGGAGGAGCUGGGCCAGAUCUUCACCAUCCGCAAGUGCCCGCCUGCCGAGGCUGAAGAACCCAGUGAAGAUGUGGAAGGGCCCAGUGAAACAGCUGGUGAUGCUGAGGAGCCUCCCAAGGAACCAGAGAGUGCAGGGGACAAGGACCAGAGUAAAUGGACAGCCCCAGCCAGCCAGCCAGAGAAGGAGCUGACAGAGCCCCCAGCAUCCUCUAAGAGGAUAUCGUUUCCCAGCAGCUCUGAGUCACCUCUCUCCUUUAAGUGGUCAAAAACUUCUGAGGAGACCAAAUCAGAGCAGAUGUACCAGUGUCCCUACUGCAAGUACAGCAACCCGGACGUGAACCGGCUGCGGGUGCACGCCAUGAGCCAGCACUCGGUGCAGCCCCUGCUGCGCUGCCCCCUCUGCCAGGACAUGCUCAACAACAAGAUCCACCUGCAGCUGCACCUCACCCACCUGCACAGCGUGGCACCCGACUGCGUCGAGAAGCUCAUCAUGACGGUGACAACCCCUGAGGUGAUGAUGCCCAGCAGCAUGUUCCUCCCAGCAGCUGCUCCAGAGAAGGAUGGGAACUCAGGCACAGAGGAGCUGGGGAAACAGUCUGAGGUCUCUGAGGACGCGGGGAAGAGCCUCGCGCCAUCGGACGCCGCGGAGCACAGCGGCGACGCCAAGCCCGCGGCGGAGCCGGGCGCCGCCCGCGAGGACUCUGCCUUCCUGUGCUGGAAGAAGGGCUGCAGCCAGGUGUUCAAGAGCUCGGCAGCCCUGCAGACACACUUCAGCGACGUGCACGCCAAGCGGCCCCAGCUGCCGGUGUCCGACCGCCACGUCUACAAGUACCGCUGCAACCAGUGCAGCCUGGCCUUCAAAACCAUCGAGAAGCUGCAGCUGCACUCGCAGUACCACGUCAUCCGGGCAGCCACCAUGUGCUGCCUCUGCCAGCGCAGCUUCCGCACCUUCCAGGCGCUGAAGAAGCACCUGGAGACCAGCCACCUGGAGCUGAGCGAGGCCGACAUCCAGCAGCUCUACGGGGGGCUCCUGGUCAAUGGGGACCUCCUUGCCAUGGGGGACCCCUCCCUUGCCGAGGACCACACCAUAAUAGUGGAGGAGGACAAGGAAGAGGAGAGCGACCUGGAAGAUAAGCAGAGCCCAACAGGCAGCGAUUCGGGGUCGGUGCAAGAGGACUCUGGCUCAGAACCAAAAAGGGCCUUACCCUUCAGGAAGGGCCCUAACUUCACUAUGGAGAAAUUUCUAGAUCCAUCUCGUCCAUACAAGUGCACGGUCUGCAAGGAGUCCUUCACGCAGAAGAACAUUCUCCUGGUGCAUUACAAUUCCGUUUCUCAUCUGCAUAAACUGAAACGAGCCCUCCAAGAGUCUGCUACUGGGCAACCUGAGCCUACCAGCAGCCCAGACAACAAACCUUUCAAGUGUAACACCUGCAACGUGGCCUACAGCCAGAGCUCCACUCUGGAGAUCCACAUGAGGUCGGUCCUGCACCAGACCAAGGCUCGCGCGGCCAAGCUGGAGGCGGCCGGCAGCAGCAACGGCGCCGGCGGCGGCAGCAGCAGCAGCAGCCUCUCCCUGGGCUCGUCCACGCCGAGCCCCGUCAGUGCCAGCAGCAGCAAUGCUUUUGCAACCACCAGCACGAGCACUUCAGGCACCGCUCCCAUUCCCAGCCUGCUCACCCAGGUCUCCAGUGACAGCGUGGGAAUCCCCCCCUUGGGUAACGCUGUAAGCACUAACAUCUCCUCCCCUGCGGAGCCCAAGGAGGUGAACCGCAAGAAGCUGGCAGACAUGAUUGCAUCCAGGCAGCAGCAGCAGCAGCAGCAGCAGCAACAGCAGCAGCAGCAGCAGCAGCAGCAGCAGCAACAAGCUCAAACCUUGGCACAGGCACAGGUCCAGGCCCACCUGCAGCAGGAGCUGCAGCAGCAAGCUGCUCUCCUGCAGUCCCAGCUCUUCAACCCAGCACUUUUGCCGCACUUUCCAAUGACCACUGAGACCCUUCUGCAGCUGCAGCAGCAGCAGCAUCUUCUGUUCCCAUUCUACAUCCCCAGUGCUGAGUUCCAGCUCAAUCCAGAAGUCAGCUUGCCUGUCACCAGUGGUGCACUGACACUGACUGGGACGGGUCCAAGUUUGCUGGAGGACCUGAAGGCACAAGUUCAGCUCCCUCAGCAGAGCCAUCCUCAGCUCUUGCAGCAGCAGCAAGGUCAGCUGUCCUUGUCACAACCCCACUCCGUCCUAUUACAGCAGAGCCAGCACCCAGAGAAGAAGAAUAAAUCUGUAGUGAAGGAGAAAGAUAAAGAAACCCCACGGGAAAGGGAAAGCUCAGAGAGGGGAGACAAUAACGUGACGCUGAAGGAGUCUCUUCCUGAUAACUUAAAGCCCAAAGAGAAGAAGGACUUUGUGUCAGGCAGCAGUUCAGAGCCCUCCAUGCUGCCUCCACGGAUUGCUUCCGACGCCAGGGGCAACGCCACCAAAGCCUUGCUGGAAAACUUUGGCUUUGAGCUCGUCAUUCAGUACAACGAGAACAAGCAGAAGGGGCAGAAGAAAAAUGGGAAGACAGAGCAAGGUGAGAACUUGGAAAAGCUGGAGUGCGAUACGUGCGGCAAGUUCUUCUCCAACAUCCUCAUCCUGAAGAGCCACCAGGAGCACGUUCACCAACAUUACUUUCCGUUCAAGCAGCUGGAGCGGUUUGCCAAGCAGUACAGGGAGCACUACGACAAGCUGUACCCGCUGCGGCCGCAGACCCCCGAGCCGCCGCCGCCCCCUCCGCUGCCCCCCGCCCCUGCCCAGCCGGCAGCUGCUCCCCAGCCGGCAGCUGCUCCUGCCAUCCCCGCCUCUGCCCCACCCAUCACCUCGCCCACCAUCGCCCCGGCGCAGCCGGCCGUGCCGCUCACCCAGCUCUCCAUGCCCAUGGAGCUGCCCAUCUUCUCGCCGCUCAUGAUGCAGACCAUGCCCCUGCAGACGUUACCGGCGCAGCUGCCGCCCCAGCUGGGCCCCGUGGAGCCGCUGCCCGCCGACCUGGCCCAGCUGUACCAGCACCAGCUCAACCCCAGCCUUCUCCAGCAGCAGCAGAACAAGAGGCCGCGCACGCGGAUCACCGACGACCAGCUCCGAGUCCUUCGGCAGUAUUUCGACAUUAACAAUUCCCCGAGUGAGGAGCAGAUCAAAGAGAUGGCAGACAAGUCUGGCUUGCCCCAGAAAGUGAUCAAGCACUGGUUCAGAAACACCCUGUUCAAGGAGCGCCAGCGCAACAAGGACUCCCCGUACAACUUCAGCAACCCCCCCAUUACCAGCCUGGAGGAGCUGAAGAUUGACUCGCGGCCCCCUUCCCCAGAGCCGCAGAAGCAGGAGUACUGGGGCAGCAAGCGCUCCUCUCGGACACGCUUCACCGACUACCAGCUCAGAGUCCUGCAAGACUUCUUCGAUGCCAAUGCUUACCCAAAGGAUGAUGAAUUUGAGCAGCUUUCUAACUUGCUGAACCUCCCAACACGUGUCAUAGUGGUGUGGUUUCAGAACGCCCGUCAGAAAGCUCGGAAAAACUACGAGAAUCAGGGAGAAGGCAAGGACGGGGAGCGACGGGAGCUCACAAAUGACAGGUACAUCAGAACGAGCAACUUGAACUACCAGUGCAAAAAGUGCAGUCUGGUCUUCCAGCGCAUUUUUGAUCUCAUUAAACACCAGAAAAAGCUUUGUUACAAAGAUGAGGAUGAGGAUGGACAGGACGAUAGCCAGAACGAAGACUCUAUGGAUGCAAUAGAGCUCUUGACUCCAACCAGUUCCUCCUGCAGCACACCAAUGCCCUCACAAGCUUACAGCACACCUACAUCUUCAGCCAACGCCACCUCCUCAGCUUUUCUGCAGCUCACGGCAGAGGCAGACGAUUCCUCCACCUUUAGUUCUAAAGUAGAAGCUACAGAUGAGAAACCAAAGCAGUCUGAACCUCCAAGUACACAGCAAAACCAAACCCAAGAGAAGCAAGUGCAACCAAAGCAAGAGCCUCAGCAGCAACAGGACCAAGGAGAACAAAAGACAAGUUCAGCACACCAAAAGAUUUCACAGUUAUCCUCCCCCUCUUCGCUGCAACAGCCACCUCCUCCUCAGCCCCCUCAGUGCUCCUUGUCACAGUCGAGUCCGAGUCCAUCUCAGCUCUCACACCUCUCCCUCAAACCCAUUCACACGUCCACCCCUCAGCAGCUGGCAAACCUACCUCCUCAGCUAAUCCCAUACCAGUGUGACCAGUGUAAACUGGCCUUUCCUUCCUUUGAGCAUUGGCAGGAGCAUCAGCAGCUCCAUUUCCUGAGUGCACAGAACCAGUUUAUCCACCCCCCGUUCCUGGACAGAACACUGGAUAUGCCGUUCAUGCUUUUUGACCCCAGUAACCCGCUGCUGGCGAGCCAGCUGCUGUCUGGAACGUUGCCACAGAUUCCAGCGAGCUCCGCCACCUCGCCGUCCACCCCCACAUCCACCAUGAACACGCUCAAGAGAAAGCUGGAGGAGAAGGCCAGUGCGAGCCCUGGAGAGAACGACAGCGGGACGGGCGGAGAGGAGCCCCAGAGGGAUAAGCGUCUAAGGACAACCAUCACCCCGGAGCAGCUGGAAAUCCUGUACCAGAAAUACUUGCUGGACUCCAACCCCACGCGGAAGAUGCUGGAUCACAUUGCACACGAAGUGGGCCUGAAGAAGCGCGUGGUGCAGGUUUGGUUCCAGAACACGCGUGCACGAGAGAGGAAGGGGCAGUUCAGGGCCGUGGGGCCUGCCCAAGCCCACAGACGCUGUCCCUUCUGCCGGGCUCUCUUCAAAGCCAAGACAGCUCUGGAAGCUCACAUCAGGUCCCGCCACUGGCACGAGGCCAAGCGCGCUGGGUACAACCUGACGCUGUCUGCCAUGCUCCUGGACUGCGACGGGGGCCUCCAGAUGAAAGGAGACAUCUUCGAUGGAGCCAGCUUUUCCCACAUGCCACCCGCCAGCGGCGACGGGCAGAGCGUUCCCCUGUCCCCCGUGAACAAGAGCAUGGAGCUGUCACCCAGAACCCUGCUGAGCCCAUCCUCCAUCAAGGUGGAAGGGGUUGAAGACUUCGAGAGUCCCUCCAUGUCCUCAGUCAACCUGAACUUUGACCAGACGAAGCUGGACAACGAUGACUGCUCCUCCGUGAACACGGCCAUCACCGACACCACCACGGGAGACGAGGGGAACGCCGACAACGACAGCGCCACAGGGAUUGCGACCGAAACCAAAUCGGCGUCAGGGCCCGGCGAAGGGCUGACUAAAGCAGCCAUGAUAGCCAUGUCUGAGUACGAAGAUCGUCUGUCUUCUGGCCUGGUCAGCCCCGCUCCCAGCUUCUACAGCAAAGAGUACGACAACGAAGGUACCGUGGACUACAGCGAAACCUCCAGCCUUGCAGACCCCUGCUCGCCCAGCCCCGGGGCCAGCGGCUCAGCCAGCAAGGCCGGCGAGAGCGGGGACCGGCCCGGGCAGAAACGCUUCCGCACGCAGAUGACAAACCUCCAGCUCAAGGUUCUGAAGUCGUGCUUUAAUGACUACAGGACGCCGACCAUGCUGGAGUGUGAGGUCCUGGGCAAUGACAUUGGACUGCCAAAGAGAGUUGUUCAGGUCUGGUUCCAGAAUGCGAGGGCGAAAGAGAAGAAGUCCAAACUCAGCAUGGCCAAGCAUUUUGGUAUAAACCAAACGAGUUACGAGGGACCCAAAACAGAGUGCACUUUGUGUGGCAUCAAGUACAGCGCUCGGCUGUCUGUACGUGACCAUAUCUUCUCUCAACAGCAUAUCUCCAAAGUUAAAGAAACCAUUGGAAGUCAGUUGGAUAAGGAAAAGGAGUAUUUUGACCCAGCUACUGUCCGUCAGUUGAUGGCUCAGCAGGAGCUGGACCGAAUCAAAAAAGCCAACGAGGUUCUUGGUCUGGCAGCUCAGCAGCAGGGCAUGUUUGACAGCACGCCCCUGCAGGCUCUGAACCUUCCUGCUGCGUACCCAGCGCUACAGGGCAUCCCUCCAGUCCUGCUCCCAGGCCUCAACAGCCCAUCCUUACCUGGCUUCACUCCAUCCAACACAGCUUUAACUUCUCCCAAACCCAACCUGAUGGGCCUGCCCAGCACAAGCGUCCCUUCGCCCGGCCUCCCCACCUCCGGAUUACUCUGGGAGAAGGAGAAGGCAGCCAAGGGGAAGGGGGACGCCGCGCCCGGGCCCAAGAAGGAGAAGGGGGAGGCGGCGGCAGGCGGCCUGGCGGCCCCGCUGCCCGCCAUGGAGUACGCGGUGGAGCCCGCGCAGCUGCAGGCGCUGCAGGCCGCCCUCAACUCGGACCCCGCCACCUUGCUGACCAGCCAGUUCCUUCCGUACUUUGUCCCCGGCUUUUCCCCCUACUACGCCCCGCAGAUCCCCGGCACCCUGCAGAGCGGGUACCUGCAGCCCAUGUACGGGAUGGAGGGGCUGUUCCCCUACAGCCCUGCCCUGUCCCAGGCGCUGCUGGGGCUGUCUCCUGGCUCCCUGCUGCAGCAGUACCAGCAAUACCAGCAGAGUCUGCAGGAGGCAUUGCAGCAGCAGCAGCGACAGCAGCAGCAGCAGCAGCAGCAGAAACCGCAGCAGCCCAAAGGAAGCCAAACCCCCGUCCCCACGGGGGCUGCCACCCCGGACAAAGACCCUGCCAAAGAACCCCCCAAGCAAGAAGAGCAGAAGAACGCACCCCGCGAGGUGUCCCCCCUCCUGCCCAAACCCCAAGAAGAGCCCGAAGCGGAAGGCAAGGGCGCGGACUCGCUCUGCGACCCUUUCAUCGUCCCAAAGGUGCAGUACAAGCUGGUCUGCCGCAAGUGCCAGGCGUGCUUCGGCGACCAGGAGGCGGCCAGCGACCACCUGAAGUCCCUCUGCUUCUUCGGCCAGUCUGUGGCGAACCUGCAUGAGAUGGUGCUUCACGUGCCCACGGGCAGCGGCCAGGGCAGCGGCUCGUACCAGUGCGUGGCGUGCGACAGCACGGUGUGUGGGGACGAGGCCCUCGGCCAGCAUCUCGAGUCAGCCCCGCACAAACACCGAACAAUCACAAGAGCAGCAAGAAACGCCAAAGAGCACCCCAGUCUAUUACCUCACUCUGCCUGCCCCCCCGACCCCAGCACCGCAUCUACCUCGCAGCCGGCCGCUCACUCAAACGACAGCCCCCCAGCCCCCCGGCCCGCCCCCCGGCCCGCCCCGGCUUCCCCCCACGCCUCCAGACCGCCCUGGCCCCCGGCAGGGCCAACGCCAACGCCGCCCUUCCCUCCUCUCUCCUCAUCUUCAACGGUUACCUCAAGUUCAUGCAGCACCUCAGGGGUUCAGCCCUCGAUGCCAACAGACGACUAUUCGGAGGAGUCUGACACGGAUCUUAGCCAAAAGUCAGAUGGACCGGCGAGCCCGGCCGAGGGGCCCCAGGACCCCGGCUGCCCUAAGGACAGUGGUCUAGCUAGCAUAGGAAUGGACACCUUCAGAUUGUAAGCUUUGAAGAUGAACAAUGAAAAUGAAUUUAAAUAAUUAAAAAAAAAAAAGUUAAUAACAAACCAAUUUCAAAAAUAGACUAACUGCAAUUCCAAAGCUUCUAACCAAAAAAAAAAAAAAAGAAAAAAGAUAAAAAGAAAAAGCGUGGGUUGUUUUCCCAUAUAACGAUGCCGGUGGGUUUU